AUGAUUGAUAAGAACACCCAAGAGAUCCGACAAGCCCUCGAUGACUACGAUGAAGCGCGAGUCUACAAGUCCCUCAAGGACGUUGCGGAGGACUUGCCAGACCACACGCCACGCUUUGUUCUGCUGAGCUAUCCCAUCACUACGUCCGACGGACGACUCUCAGCGCCCUAUGUUCUACUAUACUAUCUUCCCCCAACUUGCAAUGCCGAGGUGAGAAUGCUGUACGCCGGUGCGAAGGAAUUAAUGCGAAGCACCAGCGAGGCAGGCAGUGUCAUUGAUAUCGAGUCUGUCGAGGACCUCGACGAGAUUCCCGAAAAGCUGGCUAGUAAAUAG